GAAGCUGGGUAUGGUUUGCAGGAAUAAAUUCAGAACUGGUUGGAGCUGGUGUUGUAGCAUAAUAUAUUCGGCACAUAUCCGGUGUUUUGUAGCUUACGUAUUGCGGAAUUAAUAGCUGUCAAGCUAUGUCAAGUGUUAUUAGUAUGUACGUACUUACGUACGUAUGUACCUAAGUACCUAAAUAAAGAACUUUCAAAGUGAAGUAGAUCAGUUGGAUCCAUAGAUAUAUUUAACGUUGAAUACAGUUCGAAGACGUGUGAAAUGUAAUUUUAGUAACGUUGAAAUCCAAGCACCGAAAAAAUAAAACUAACAAGCACGAUGGUUACGAGAAACCGCCUUUGCAAAUAACUCAACUUGUGUAACUAUUCCCCAACGACUUAUCACAAAUUUAUAAAAUAAAUCGUGAUUGCAAACAUAUUCGCAGAAUCAAUCAAAAUGAAACUGUUUAUGAAAGAGACAAGCAACUCAGCAGGAUUGCCAAACAUCUCUCUACGGACAGCUACGAUACUGGUGAUCCUAGCUUCUCUAUGUUUCUCAAAUUCAUGGGACGGAGAAUUUGUAUUUGAUGAUUCAGAAGCCAUUGUCACCAAUGAGGAUGUCAGGGAGUCUUCGAUAUCCGACAUAUUCAAAAAUGAUUUCUGGGGCACAAAAUUGAAUCAUGCACAAAGUCACAAGUCGUACCGACCCCUCACUAUCCUCACUUUCAGGUUUCAAUACGCAUUCAGAGGAAAUUUGUUAGCGAGGGAUUUUCAUAUAUUAAAUAUAACACUUCAUGUGGCAGUCUCCGUACUCUCUUUGUACAUGUAUGAUUUACUGCUCGAUCAGAGUGCAGGGAACAUCCCAUUCUAUGCAGCCAUUUUAUUUGCUGUUCAUCCGAUCCACGCGGAAGCGGUUGCUGGGAUAGUGGGCAGGGCUGACAUACUCUGUGCAAUGUUUAUGUGGACAUCGAUUCUGUUGUAUCACAGAUCAAUAUACUCAAUAAGUUGGUUUGGUAAAUGGACCAAUAUGUUUUUUUGUAUUUUCUGCAUAGCAAUGGCUAUGCUGUCCAAAGAAACAGGGAUAACGGCUAUUGGGCUUUGCUGCAUCUACGACCUGGUUGUUGUCACCAGAGUACUUCCCAUGAGUACCAUGAGUUUUUUUAGACCGGGGUACUCGCUUACCAAGACCAGGGAGUUGUUUGCCGCCAAGUAUGACCAUCUGAUUUUGCGCCAGGCGCUUUUAUGCACUACUGCUUUUUUACUUCUAAUUUUAAGAUUCAGCAUGAUGGGAUUUUCAGCCCCAGUCUUUCAGCCUGUAGACAAUCCCGCUUCUUUUGCGGAAAAAUUAGUGGUCCGUGUUCUUAACUACAAUUAUAUAUACAGCCUGAAUGCCUGGUUACUUCUCUGUCCAGAAUGGCUGUGUUUUGAUUGGGCAAUGGGCUGCGUCCCAUUAAUCUUGGGGCCAGACUUGAGAAUUUUUGCCAUCUUAGUUUUAUGGGUCUUUUUAGGAUCCAUUUUUCUUCAUGUUAUAUCCACCGAAAAUAAUGCGAGGCACACAAUGAUGGGAUUAGCUCUUAUGUUUAUUCCUUUUCUUCCUGCUACGAAUUUGUUCUUCAACGUAGGUUUCGUUAUCGCAGAACGGACACUUUACGUUCCUUCUGCAGGCUUCUGUCUCCUUAUUGCAAUCGGAUUACAUCGUCUCACUAAAUACUAUAGCCCAAAAAUAGUUGUUUCCUGCUUCACUGCACUUUUAGUCCUCUUCUUCACUCGUUCGUGGGUCAGAAGCGGAGAGUGGAAUACUGAAAAAACAUUGUUUAGAUCAGCGUUGAACAUCUGCCCACUAAACGCUAAGGUUCAUUACAAUGUUGCUAAAAAUGCUGCCGACAGGGGCGAUUUCCUUCAUGCCGAACUUGAAUACAAUGAGGCUUUGAGACUCAAUCCUGACUAUGCCCAAGCAAUGAAUAAUUUAGGUAACCUAUUGAAAGAUAUGCGAAAGUAUGAAGAGGCUGAAAGACUUCUCAAGCGGGCUGUGGCGUUGCAAGAAAAUUUUGCAGCAGCAUGGAUGAAUUUAGGAAUUGUACUGGCAGCAUUAAGCAAAUACAAGGAAUCUGAAGAGUCUUAUUUGAUAGCAUUGUCGCACAGACCAAAGUAUCCGGACUGUUUUUACAACCUUGGUGUACUAGUGAGAUGUUCACAAAUCAUGAAUUCAUAUCUCGAAGAAAAAAAAUAUGACAAGGCUCUCAUGGCUUGGGAAAAUGCCACAAGACAAAAAACAAAUCACAGACGAGCUUGGACAAAUACUAUUCUUCUACUAGAUGACCUGGGACGGAGAGAACAGGCUUUGUCGGUAGGUAACAAAGCGUUAGAAUACCUGCCAUUGGAGGGUUCAAUCUAUUUUUACAUGGCCAAUAUACUGGGAAAGGCAGGAAAGUUUGAAGGUGCUGAGCAGCAGUUUAAAAAUGCGAUACUACGAGACCCAGAGAAUCCAACUUUUUACACGAACUUAGGCGUGCUAUAUCAUCGAUGGAACAAGCGUGCAAAAGCAGAAGAAAUGUACAAGAAAGCACUGAAAAUACAGCCGGGUUUGAAAAGCGCAAGUGAUAAUCUUGACAAGCUUAAGAACACCGUUAGAAAAGAGAAAAUGGUUUAAUAAAAUCAGAUGAAAGUUUGAUAUAUCAUGAAAA